CCAAACGGCAUCAGCUGUUUGGGCUUGGUGCUGUUUUCGGCCGCUUUUUGUUUUGUCUCCACCGUUCGCGUCCCCGGUAGCGUGGGUGGCGUCGCGACGCUUUCGGUGUUUUAUUUUGGUCUCCGCGCACGUUUUUCGUCGUUUUUGUUUUGCCUUUACCGUUCGUUGGUUACGAACCUUUGCGAACAGCUUCUCCAGCAGUGUUGCAAGUGAAAGCACAAUGAGACUGAUGCAGUUGAAUGCGUUUCAAACGUUCAGGCAAAAGGUUUCCGCUGGAAACAGUGAAAAAUGGCUUCGGCGGAUGUGUUGCACAGGUGGGUCAAAUCUAAUGGAUUCCAGAGACCUCACCUCACCGAUGAAGCUAGAAAUUGAGCGCAAGUGGCGCAAUAACCUGGGCGAUUAUCGGUUCGAUCCGGCCAGUGACAAACCGAAACGAUACGUGCUGGCAAUGUUUCCGUAUCCUUCAGGGAACUUGCACAUGGGUCACGUUCGAGUGUACACCAUUAGCGAUGCGAUGGCUCGGUAUUAUAGGUUGACUGGUGCGAACGUGUUGCACCCGAUGGGUUGGGACGCAUUUGGGCUGCCGGCGGAGAAUGCUGCCAUACAGCGGAAGAUUCCAGCCGAUCGGUGGACCAAGCAGAAUAUUGGACAGAUGCGGGAGCAGCUGGAAAUGUUGCAGUUCAGUUUCGACUGGGAACGGGAGUUUGCAACGUGCGAUCCGGAGUACUACCGGUGGACGCAAAAGUUGUUCCUGAUGUUGUACGAGGAUGGGCUGGCGUACCAGAAGGAAGCGCAAGUCAAUUGGGAUCCUGUGGACGAGACGGUUCUGGCUGAUGAGCAGGUGGAUGAUAACGGCUGUUCGUGGCGAUCCGGAGCAAAAGUGGAGAAAAAGAUUCUAAGGCAGUGGUUCGUUAAAACAACGAAGUUUGCCAAGGCCUUGUACGAUGGGUUGGCGGAUCCUACGCUAGAAGAUUGGAAGGACAUUAUUAAACUACAAAAACAUUGGAUUGGAGAAUGUGAUGGAUACAACUUUGAACUGAAAGUUAGCGGGCAGAAAAAUACUAUCCCUAUUUGGACCAAACAUCCGGAACAUCUGAAGGAAGCACUUUUUGUGGCUGUCCAUCCUUCGAAUCUGUUAAAUUCCAGUAAACUCGAGGAGAGGAAACUGGAGCUGGAAAUUGAGAAUCCCAUAUUGGGACAUAAUCUUCCCGUUAUCGUGACAGACAAAGUAAACUUCCCAGAAGGAAACGAUUGCUAUCUUGGAGUAGCUUCCAAUGACGAAGAUCGGCAGCUAGCUAUGCAAUAUCAAAUCCCGUUAAAAGUCCAACUUCAAACUGAAUCUGAAGAACUCCGCAGCCAAAUCCUAGCGCAAGUGUCCCAACUAAACCUAGGAGGCUACCCGGUCAGUUCCAAGCUACGAGAUUGGCUUAUUUCCCGGCAAAGAUUCUGGGGAACACCCAUUCCCAUUAUCCACUGCCAAACCUGUGGCCCAGUGCCAGUUCCGGAUUCUGACUUACCGGUCAAGCUCCCGCUGGACUCCGUAGGCAUCCCACUUGCUCAAAACGAGCAAUGGCUGAAAACCAUCUGCCCGAAAUGCCACUCCUCUGACGCCAAGCGGGAAACGGACACGAUGGACACUUUUGUCGACAGCUCCUGGUACUUCCUGCGCUUCCUGGAUCCCAAGAAUCCCUCGCAACUCGUAGACCCCAAUCUUUCCCGUCGCCUAAUGCCAGUCGAUUUAUACGUCGGCGGAAAGGAACACGCCGUUUUGCAUAUGUACUACGCUCGCUUCAUGAAUCACUACCUCCACAGUAAAAACUUGGUCACCUCACCGGAACCGUUCCGACGUCUCCUGGUGCAGGGCAUGGUCAUGGGUCGAUCUUAUCGGCUGAAAGGGAGCGGCAAGUAUCUCCCGGCCGCUGAAGUGGAAGUGAUCGACGAGAAGAAGAAUAAGGCGAUCGAGAAAGCGACUGGAGCACCGGUGGUGGCACUGUGGGAAAAAAUGUCCAAAUCGAAACUGAAUGGGGUGGAUCCGUUGGAAGUUCUGCGGGAGCAUGGGUGUGACACGUUGCGAAUGAUAUUGCUGGGCGACGUGGCACCCACCUCGCACCGUAAUUGGUCCGAAGCAACAUUCCCCGGCAUUCUGAAUUGGCAGAAGCGCAUUUGGAUGACAAUGCACGACUACAGGUUACACCGAUCGGCCAUCCAGCCGUCUCAAACCCCGCCAAGUUCGGAGGAAUUCCUGCAGCAGGACCGCAAGCUGUGGGACGCAAGAAACUACUUCGCUGCUGGUGCAACCUUCAACUAUAAGUUUUCCCACCAGUUGAGUGUGGGCAUCUCAAAGAUGCAAGGCCUAACAAAUGCCAUCCGGCGUUCUACGACGGAAGUGGUUGCCUUCAGCCCACAGUACGAACGAGCGAUAGCGGCGCAAAUCAUUAUGUUGGCCCCGAUGGCACCACAUUUUGCGUCCGAACUGUGGGAACAGUUUCGAGCGCUUCCGCACCGACUGAAUUGCAGUUCGGAGGAAAUUCAGUGGGACCGAGGUGUGUUUGAGCAGAGCUGGCCUGUGGUGGAUGAGGAUUACCCACUGGAUCUGACGUUCAAAGUCAACGGAUUCGAGUGCUGUAUUUUGAAAAUUCCCACCAAGGAUCUGAACCGGCUGACACACCAGCAAUCGCUGGAUCUUGCCUUUGGGCAGGGUGCGGUCCUAAGCUACAUCGGCCAGCGCAAGGUGCGCCACACGGACUUUGUGCUCUAUCCGGGUUGUGAUGCUAUCCUGAGUAUCACGUUGGAACAGCUGUCUAAGGAAGAUAAGGAGCAACUGAAGGGUAAAGGUGGGGACGUGAAAGUUAAGCCCAAGAAAGAUAAAAAGAAAAAGAAGAAGCAGAAGGAAGUGGUCGAACAGUGAAGUGUUGGAGUGCUGGGUAUAGCUAUAGUGAAGUAAAAAAAAUCCGUGUUCUUCAUUGUCCGAAAGCAUUUGGUGGGAGCCAUUCGUUAAAAAAGAGUUUGUGACUAGCAGAAAUGUACAAAACCGUUUGGACGUAUCGACAUAGAAUGAUAGGUAAGUAUAAUAAUAUGUUACAUGCUUUCUUUUUUUUACGACGAACAGUUUGAGUGGAUCCCCUAGUGGAUUUGUAACUUGGUUCUAUAGAAUUUACACAUUUUUAUGGAUUACCAAUAAGAGUGGGUACUAAAUUUAGAAAUUUAUAGAGAAUAGGGUAUUAAUUUCUGGCUCCAGCUGGGUCUCCAGCUAGCCUAGUGGUUAAAGCUAUGGAUCGCCAAUCCGGAGACGGCGGGUUCGAGUCCCGUUCCGGUCGGGAAAAUUUUCUCGACUCCCUGGGCAGAGUGUAUCAUUGCGCCUUGCCUCACAAUAUACAAAUUCAUGCAAUGGCAGGCAAAUAAUGCCUCAAAUAAUAACUGAGGAAGUGCUAAAAAAUUACUAAGUUGAAGCGAGGCAGGCCAAGUCCCCGUGGGGACGUAGAACCAUAAAGAAGAAGAAGAAGAGAAGAAGGUAUUAAUUUAUGAAGUUGAGCAUUGUCAGCGAGAAUGGCACGAUGGCAAUUAAAAUCUUGAUUGAGCUGUUUUUUUUGUUUUAUUUUUCAUUUACUAAACUGUUCUCACUCGAGAAC